AUGGCCCCGCAGCAAGGCCGGCCCACGUUGCCCACCCGUUGCGAGCCGGCGGCGGCACCGCCCGUACCGCCUCGCCGGGAGCGCGGGGGGCGCGGGUCGCGCGGGCCCGGGGUGCCCGGGGGCCGGGGACGCGCGGGCGGCGCCGAGGGGCGCGGCGUCAAGUGCGUGCUGGUCGGCGACGGCGCGGUGGGCAAGACCAGCCUGGUGGUCAGCUAUACCACCAACGGCUACCCCACCGAGUACAUCCCCACGGCCUUCGACAACUUCUCGGCUGUGGUGUCAGUAGACGGGCGGCCUGUGAGACUCCAGCUCUGUGACACCGCAGGACAGGACGAGUUUGACAAGCUGAGGCCCCUCUGCUACACCAACGCAGAUAUCUUCCUGCUGUGCUUCAGUGUGGUGAGCCCCACGUCCUUCCAGAAUGUCAGUGAGAAGUGGGUACCAGAGAUUCGGUGCCACUGCCCUAAGGCCCCCAUCAUCCUGGUUGGCACACAGUCGGACCUUCGAGAAGAUGUCAAAGUGCUCAUUGAACUGGACAAAUGCAAAGAGAAGCCAGUACCCGAGGAAGCGGCGAAGCUGUGUGCGGAGGAAAUCAAAGCUGUCUCCUAUAUUGAGUGUUCAGCCUUGACUCAGAAAAACCUCAAAGAGGUGUUUGACGCUGCCAUUGUUGCUGGCAUCCAGCACUCAGACUCCCAGCAACAGCCAAAGAAGUCUAAAAGCAGGACCCCAGAUAAGGUGCGGGACCUGUCCAAGUCCUGGUGGGGAAAGUAUUGCUGCCUGGCCUGACCCUCGCAAACAGCCGGUGUUUAAGCCGCAACAACUCUUUAAGACAUGUGGGUGUGGUCAUAGGACAAGCCCUCAAAGUGUCCCCUUCUGUCCUUAAUUUCCUGUCUGCGAGAUUAGGGUUGAGAUUCAUAUGCAAAAUAUGUUAGAGAAAUUUGGAAGUUAAGAUUUUUUUUUCAUAACUCUGGAAACUUAGAGUUGUAGACCUCUGGAUUAAUUUAUAUUUCAUAUGAAAAGGGCUCUUCAAAGCUAGGUGUCAGCAUGAAAUUCUGCUGCAUUGUACAGGACAAAGGAGAACGUGACCCUCUCCUGAUUAAGGGCUACUGAGUGUUCAGUGCAUGACACACGCACACCGGACUUGGUGAGAUUAAGUCCCAGCUUUGAAACCACACACACCUUACCUGUUUUUGUAAGAGCAAAAAUCUGAAAAACAGAGAGAUGCUUCUGCCUACAAGACCUCAUACCCAUCCCUUUUGUCCUUUACUCGGACUAACUUGCUUAAGAUUUUAAAACAACCAAAACAUCCCACUGGCUCCUGGCAUUGUGCUGACUGAAGAGUACACCUGCUUGUUAUGUUUUUGGUUUGUUUGUUUUUGAAAUCACAUGACCAAUUGUGUUGCUAUGAAAAUGGUGGAAAUACCUCUUGGAAGGCAAGUGCUGGAUGCAGAUCUGGCAUUUUUUCAGGGAGCAACUCAUGUUGGGAUCAGAGAGUGCUCUUUGCUUUCGGGAUGGGCUUGUGCACUAAGCUGUCUGUGUCCUGGUGAUGAAAACAAGAGGAAGUUCUUGUCUAGGAACUUUAAGCCACCACACAUUGUCCCGUUUGCAAGAAGUGGGCACCUUCCUUGAGAGAAGCCAUAGUCCAUGAUUGUGAGACACACACACCUUUUCUUAAGUCUGCUGAAAUGUCUGUGCACACAUACAUGUGCUUGUGUGCAUGCACACAUGUGUGUGCACACACAGAUGGCUGGUUUGCUGAUGGAACUUUGAGACACACAAAAAGCAUGUUUGCAGAUGUCAGGGUGGCAUGCCUUCCUCUUCUUGAUAUUUCUUUGAACAGACAUCAUUUCGUAGAAUCUGUCUUCAUUUACACAU